GGGUUGGGGGAGAGGAGCGCAGGAACUUGGCCAGAGAACUUGAAGUUGUGGAGUGAGAGCUGGGGAAGGCUCUGCCAGUUUCGGUGGCUCUUCCAGGCCCGGCGGCGCCCCGAGUUGGGGCUGGUGCUCCGGGCCCCCUCCCCCUCCCCGAUGCCUAGGAGAGCAUCCCCGGAGCUGCUUGCGGGGCGAUUCUUGCAGCCGGGCUAUCCGGGGAGCAGAAUCUGAGAGCUGCCUUCUGGCCACGUCCGCCGGUGCCGUCCCUGCAUCCUGUUUGGGGAAGCCGAGAUUGGGCCCUUGCUCAGCGGGCUGACACGCUCGGCAGCCAGGGAUGGAGCUUUCCGCGUGCCCUCGGCCGAAGCCGAGGCUUCCUCUGCGGGGGCUCUGAGGUCCCCGGGCGGCCGCUGCCCGCGCUGCUUAUCCUCGGAGGCCUUGUGCAGCAGGAGCGCGCCUGGGAAGGCAGCGGCCAGAGAUCCAGGCAGUAGCUCGGGCAGGGGUCGCCGCUGGGGUUGCCUUCGGGCCUGGGGGCCUCCCGUCGCCCGACCUUCCAUGAAAGCUGCUGCGGGGGGCUUCUAGGAGGAUGCGUGCUGCAGGUCUCUGUACCGCUUCUCUGGCCUCGGUGGGCUUCCUCCGAUUCCUGGGACUGCCCUGGUCCUGGGGUCUGGCAGCUGCUCUGACCGUCUAUGUGGGCACCGGUGGUUGGCGUUUCCUGCGCAUUAUUUUCAAGACAGCACUAAGGGACCUUUUCGGUCUCUCUGUGCUGAUCAGUGUGCGCUAUGAGCUCCGGCGGCACCAGCAGGCCAGGCACACCAUUCCCUCCAUCUUCCAGGAGGUGGCCACCCGGCAGCCCCAGAAGGUGGCCCUGGUGGACGCGGUCAGUGGGAGGCAGUGGACGUUCCAGCAGCUGGAUGAGUACUCCAACGCCGUGGCCAACCUGUUCCUGCAGCUUGGCUUCGGGUCUGGCGAUGUGGUGGCCAUGUUCCUGGAAGGCCGGCCCGAGUUUGUAGGACUGUGGCUUGGCCUUGCCAAAGCAGGAGUGGAGGCUGCCCUGCUCAAUGUGAACCUGCGGCUGGAGCCCCUCACCUUCUGCCUCAGCACCUCAGGGGCCAAGGCCCUGAUCUUUGGGGGGGAGCUGGCAGCCGCUAUUUCUGAAGUGAGCAUACAGCUGGGGAAAAACCUCGUAAAGUUCUGCUCAGGGGACUUUGGGCCAGAAGGUGUCACCCCUGAUACUCACCUUCUUGAUCCCAUGCUGAGUGAGGCCUCCACAGCACCCCCGAUGCAAGUGCCCCAUAAAGGGAUGGAUGAUCGUCUCUUCUACAUCUACACUUCUGGCACUACAGGGAUGCCCAAAGCUGCGAUUGUAGUACACAGCAGAUACUACCGAAUUGCAGCCUUCGGACACCAUGCCUACAGAAUGAAACCCUCGGAUAUCAUUUACAAUUGUCUCCCUCUGUACCACUCAGCAGGGAACAUCAUGGGGGUGGGGCAGUGCCUUCUCUAUGGGCUCACAGUCGUCAUCAGGAAGAAGUUCUCGGCCAGCCGCUUCUGGGAUGACUGCAUCAAGUACAACUGCACGGUGGUGCAGUACAUUGGUGAAAUCUGUCGGUAUCUUCUGAAGCAGCCUGUGCGCCCAGCAGAGAACCAGCACCAUGUGCGCCUAGCUGUGGGCAACGGACUCAGGCCUGCCAUCUGGGAGGAGUUCACUUGCCGUUUUGGGGUCCAGCAGAUUGGAGAAUUCUAUGGGGCAACUGAGUGCAACUGCAGCAUUGCCAACCUAGAUGGAAAGGUGGGCGCAUGUGGUUUCAAUAGCCGGAUCUUGCCCAAUGUGUACCCAAUCCGCUUGGUGAAGGUGAAUGAGGAUACAAUGGAAUUGCUGAGGGAUGCCCAGGGGCUCUGCAUUCCCUGCCAGCCUGGAGAGCCUGGCCUUCUAGUUGGGCAAAUCAAUCAACAAGACCCACUUCGCCGGUUUGAUGGGUAUGUCAGUGAGAGUGCAACCAACAAGAAGAUAGCAUAUAAUGUGUUCCGGAAAGGAGACAGUGCCUACCUGUCAGGAGAUGUGCUAAUGAUGGAUGAACUUGGUUACAUGUAUUUCCGGGAUCGGAGUGGAGAUACAUUUCGCUGGCGUGGAGAGAAUGUCUCCACAACUGAGGUGGAAGGCGUCCUAAGCCGUGUUCUGGGCCAGACUGAUGUGGCAGUUUAUGGGGUGGAUGUGCCAGGAGUGGAGGGCAAGGCUGGAAUGGCUGCUAUUGCCGACCCCCAUGCUACGCUGAACCCCAACGCCUUGUACCAGGAGCUUCAGAGAGUACUUCCACCUUAUGCUCGGCCCAUCUUCCUACGCCUCCUGCCUCAGGUGGACACGACAGGAACUUUCAAGAUCCAGAAAACACGGCUUCAGCGAGAAGGAUUUGACUUGCAUCAGACAUCAGAUCGACUCUUCUUCCUGGAUCUGAAGCAAGGGAGAUAUAUCCCCAUGGAUGAAAAUGUCUACAAUGGCAUCUGCACAGGAGCCUUCUCCCUUUAAUAGAGCCUGCUGCCCCAUCCCUUGCCCUCUUUUCCCCUGGCAGUGAUGGAUGGGACUGAGGACAGCAACCAUGGCCCCGCCCUGCCCUACCCUGCCCUUGGAUCUAGCCAGUCUCCUUCUCAAAGAAUGGGUGUGGUGGGGGAGGGCAUAAGUUGGCCUAAUGGGAUUUAUCAAAAUUGCUUCCUAAGCCCCUCCCUGACCCUUCCCUCAGGUCCAGGCUCCACUCCAAGCUGGAGCUGAAGUUGGACGGGACUUGAAGAGGAUCCUGCAGAGGAUCCUCAGGGUUGCUGGAGUAUUUGAAGAUUGGGUUGCAGCCAAGAGGCCCACAAGGUUCUAAGCAUUUCAGCCCAUGUGGUUCCUUGGACGUUUCCCCAUCAUAGGAUACUGAGUUUGGAUGGGUCCGGCUCUUCUCCCAGGCCUCAGGGACUCCUGACGAACCCAGGGUGGUGGAGCGGGGCAGGGUACGGGGAGCUGCCAGAAAGCCCUGUCUCCUCUGGCCUGCUUCAGCCAGAAUUAGUCAGCAAGGGUCAUUUCUCCCCUUUUCUUUGCUCCUUAACCAUAUACUGCCCCAGACAGGGCUACAAUGUCAAUGCCUCUUUUGCACAGAGGGGACCAUUCCUGCCCAUUUUAUUGGUUGUGCCUUAAGGAACCCUCCGUCAUUAAGUCACUGUGUUCCAGUACUUACUUCACUUUUAACUCAAGUUUAAGCUUCAGGAGUGGACUUGCCUCCAUUCCCUUACUCAGUGCUGUGAGCGGCGGGGACAGUGCUCCUGUGGACAAGAGUGGACGGGCCUGAGAGGCCGCAGGCCAACAGAGAUGGUUUGUGCUUAAUCCAAGUUAACUGGAAAUCUACAUCUGAUCUCUGACCCCCAGGGGAAGCCCCCCUCCCAGUCUGCUGCCAGUUACUUCAGGAGCCCACGCUUGGCUCUUCUGGUAGUGACCGUGCAGACGCCCUGCUAGCGACCGGCUCAUGACCGAGGGCUUCUCAGGCUGGUGAUGAGUACGUGCUAUUUCGUGCAAGUGUUUUCAGGCAUGGCAAUUUUAUUUUUUAGUUUUGAGUUAAAAAAAAAUAAUAAACUUGAGAAAAAGCUCUGA